GGCAACCCCUAUUGCGCACCUAGUUGAAUGUCGUAGUUAAGUUGGUCUUCCUCGUUUGCAUUUGGUGUAGUUUAGACUGAACUACAGCGAAGGAAACAUCAUCAAUAGUAUUGAAAACCUCAUCAAUCUCUUAUUUCAAAUCCACACAGACAACAUUUUUAUAUUUAUUUUCACAACUUUUAACAUUUUGGAUUCGCGCUGGUGUAUUGGGCACGAGGUACCAUGGACAGCGCUUUUGACAACCUGGAUGCUGUGGGCUUCCUACAAAUUUGGCAACAUUUCGAUGUUGAUGGUAAGAUCUUACUCUUUAAUAAUUAUAACUGUAUGUUGUCUUUUAAUUACUAUUGAUAUUAAUCUGUGUACGCAUAUCAGGCAACGUUUUCAUCGAAAUUCCAUGCGCAAACUCAAUCUGAACUUUACACCAUGUGGAGAUAAAUCAAUACAGAAAUAGGGUUUAUUUCAUCUUAUGUUAUACAUUUAUUUGUUUUUAGAUAAUGGUUAUAUUGAAGGAAAGGAAUUGGACGACUUUUUUCGACACAUGAUGAAAAAACGUGGAAUGAGUGUAAGUAGGCAACUGUAGGACUCCACUGUUCCUUUUCCUUAUCAUGCCUAAUGCAUAGUGUGUACAGAUUCCUAAAAAUAACUACAGUAAGCUUUGGCUACUAACAUCCUAGAAUAUCCUAAUUAGACCUACUUUGCUCAGUUUUGUUGGGGGCAUUCAAUGGAUGUCAACAUUAGAUAACCUCUGAAUCCAAUCAUUAGUCCACAUUUUGUCUUUUACUGAAAUGGCAUGAAUUCUGACAAUAAAGUGAUUUUGUACAGGUAACACUGAAUGAAAUACUCAAACAAGUGCAACGAAUUAAUUGAGCCCAUAUGUGGAAUGUGUUCGAAUGUUACUGUGUUGUUCCUAAAGGAUGAAAUAAUGGAUGACAAAGUUAGAAGAAUGAAAGAAAGGUUCAUGUCUGCUUAUGACACCACAGCGGAUGGUCGCCUGCAAAUCCAAGAGGCAUGUUUACCUGUAUUUCCUCAUACCUACCUCCUUCCCCCUUUAUUUGUCUAUAUAGUGCAUUUCGUAUGAAGUAUAUUUAGAACUGAGAGGGAGAGAGGGUAAUUGGAUUGUGAUCAAAAUGCCCUGACAGCACCUUUUUGUGUGAAGCAGCCUUGAAACAAUGUAAUUGCUCUCAUUUACAUCAUGUUAUUGCCUUGCUUCAUCUUUGCAUGUCUUGUUGUUGACCACAUGCAAUUAAUUAUAAUGAGUUUGUCAAAUUCAAUGAAAUUGCAUCUCAUUUUGCAUCUCAUUUCGGCUUUCACAUUUCGUUUUCUUUGUCCAUAGACUUUAUUUCCAUACAUUUUACGUUGACAGAGGAGUUAUGCCUGUUGAAGCGGAGGGGACACUUACCCCCUAAAUUGUAUUGUACACAAAAUUAGCCACAGUGAUUGAAUAAUGCCUGCCUGUGAAUGUUGAUAACUAAUUUGAUUGAACAUAAAUGUUCCAGUUGGCCACCAUGAUGCUACCGGAGGAGGAGAACUUCCUGCUACUGUUCCGCAGAGAGACUCCAUUGGACAACAGUGUGGAGUUCAUGAGGGUAAGAUAAAAGAUCACAUACAGUAGGAAGUGUUGCGGUCCAAAAGCAUUCAACAUACAGUGCAUCCGGAAAGUAUUCAGACCCCUUCACGUUUUCCACAUUUUGUUACACUACAGCCUUAUUCUGAAAUUGAUUAAAUACAUGUUUUUCCUCAUCAAUCUACACACAAUACCCCAUAAUGACAAAGCGAAAACUGAUUUUUGCAAAUGUGUUAAAAAUUUUAAAAACUGAAAUAGCUUAUUUCCAUAACUAUUCAGACCCUUUGCUAUGAGACUCGAAAUUGAGUUCCGGUGCAUCCUGUUUCCAUUGAUCAUCCUUGAGAUGUUCCUACAACUUGAUUGGAGUCCACCUGUGGUAAAUUCAAUUGAUUGGACAUGAUUUGGAAAGGCACACACCUGAGCAAAAACCAAGCCAUGAGGUCGAAGGAAUUGUCCGUAGAGCUCCGAGACAGGAUUGUGUCUAGGGACAGAUCUGGGGAAGGGUACCAAAAAAUGUCUGCAGCAUUGAAGGUCCCCAAGAACACAGUGGCCUCCAUCAUUCUUAAAUGGAAGAAGUUUGGAACCACCAAGACUCUUCCUAGAGCUGGCCGCCCAGCCAAACUGAGCAAUCGGGGGAGAAGAGCCUUGAUCAGGGAGGUGACCAAGAACCCGAUGGUCACUCUGACAGAGCUCCAGAGUUCCUCUGUGGAGAUGGGAGAACCUUCCAGAAGGACAACCAUCUCUGCAGCACUCCACUAAUCAGUCCUUUAUGGUAGAGUGGCCAGACGGAAGCUAAUUCCUCAGUAAAAGGCACAUGACAGCCCGAUUGGAGUUUGCCAAAAGGCACCUAAAGGACUCUGACCAUGAGAAACAAGAUUCUCUGGUCUGAUGAAACCAAGAUUAAACUCUUUGGCCUGAAUGCCAAGCGUUAUGCCUGGAGGAAACCUGGCACCAUCUCUACGGUGAAGCAUGGUGGUGGCAGCAUCAUGCUGUGGGGAUGUUUUUCAGCGGCAGGGACUUGAAGACUAGUCAGAAUCGAGGGAAAAAUUAACACAUUACAGAGAGAUCCUUGAUGAAAACCUGCUCCAGAGCGCUCAGGACCUCAGACUGGGGCGAAGGUUCACCUUCCAACAGGACAACGACCCUAAGCACACAGCCAAGACAACGAAGGAGUGGCUUCGGGACACGUCUCUGAAUGUCCUUGAGUGGCCCAGCCAAGCUUGUAGCGUCAUACCCAAGAAGACUCAAGGCUGUAAUCGCUGCCAAAGGUGCUUCAACAAAGUACUGAGUAAAGUGUCUGAAUACUUAUGUAAAUGUGAUAUUUCCUUAUUUUUUUGUGCAAAAAAAUCUACAAACCACUUUUUGCUUUGUCAUUAUGGGGUAUUGUGUGUAGAUUGAUGAGGGGAAAUAAACAAUUCAAUCCAUUUUAGAAUAAGGCUGUAACAUAACAAAAUGUGGAAAAAGUAAAGGGGUCUGAAUAAUUUCCGAAUGCACUUUAUUUGCAAAAAAAAAUGCAAUCCUAUUAUUGGUUGGGUAGUGUGUCCUCUAUUCUCUUGAGUACUUUCAUCAAAACUAAAUGUGCCUCUCACUCCCCCAACAGAUCUGGAGAAACUAUGAUGCUGACAGCAGUGGAUACAUAUCAGCUAUAGAGCUCAAGGUACAUUCAAAGAAUGCCUUUCUACUAAUUUCCAUGCUUCCAGUGAGACCACUGCCAUGGCCCUCUCAGAGACAUUGUCUUAGCUAGUUGUUGUCCACUUUCUAAGUAAGCAUCAAUGAGUGGCCAGAGUUGUUCUUGUUUACAUAGUUGCUCUAGGUCUGUGUUGACACGUGUUGCUUUAAGGGUCUUUCAGAAGGAUGCCCAUUGUCCUCUUAUGUGGACAAGGCAAUAGGGUUGGGCCAAUAUAUGAUUAAAUUCAAUAUCGUGAUAUGUGACAUUGACGAUAUAUCAUGAUGUGCAAGACUAUACAGUGCAGUUUUAUCAGUUAGGCAGUAUCAAUAUGUUGAAAAUGAAGUCUAAAUGAAUUAACAAAGCCUUAUUGACUUGCCAUACUAAGGUUAUUUAAUUAGAAUGUGGCUAUAAUAUUGUAAAUAAGCAAAAACAUUGCACAGUCUGGAAUUAUGUAGUCAUUAACGGCGCAAAACAAUUAUAUCGGAUAUCGCGAUAUUUGGAGUAGCAUAUCGUAGAAGUCUCCCCAAAUAUCGCCCAACCCUACAAGGCAAGACAGAAGUACUCCUGAGUGGCGCAGUGGUCUAAGGCACUGCAUCGCAGUGCUAACUGUGCCACUAGAGAUCCUGGUUCGAAUCCAGGCUCUGUCGCAGCCGGCCGCGACCGGGAGACUCAUGGGCGGCGCACAAUUGGCCCAGCGUCGUCCAGGGUAGGGGAGGGAAUGGCCGGCAGGGAUGUAGCUGUUGAUAGAGCAUGGCGUUUGCAACGCCAGGGUUGUGGGUUCGUUUCCCACGGGGGGCCAGUAUAAAAAUGUAUUCACUAACUGUAAGUCGCUCUGGAUAAGAGCGUCUGCUAAAUGACUGUAAUGUAAAUGUAAUGUAAGUACUUUUCUUAGAAUUUCCAAACACUUGAUGGUUUAUAGUCCACCCACAGUACAUUUACUGAAGAGGAAUUGUACAGGAUGUACAGUACAUUAUACUAUUUAUGAACACUUUGAUUCAGAAUGAUGGACAAAAGUGUUAUGGCACACUUUUCUACCCUUUUCUUAUUCGUAGUGGCUUAGAAUCCGACUUCUCUGGACCCCUCCCUCUUCCUGACAGCUAAAGGUCCGAAGCUUCUGCGCAUGUUCAGGAUUCUCUACUUUGCAAAUAGUCUCUGCUCUGCUCGUUUAAUAAAAUUAGAUCAAAGCUGAAUCAAUGUCCGCAAGAUCACAUAAUGAUAGCAUUCUACAUACUCUGUAUAAUGAUAGUAUUCUACAUAACAGAACCGAAAAUAAUAGCAUAGUAUAACGUUACUGUAAGACAAAAAACACCACCUAAUUUCUUAUGAGAUUUUAGGAUGAUUGUGUGAAUGGUCACAUUUUUCUAUCAUGUCGCCAAAACUCAACAGUGUGUGCCACCAGGCAAAAUAUUAAGAAUACCUGCUCUUUCCAUGACAUAGACUGACCAGGUGAAAGCUAUGAUCCCUUAUUGAUGUCACUUGUUAAAUUCACUUUCAAUCCGUGUAGAUGAAGGGGAGGAGACAGGUUAAAGAAGGAUUUUUAAGCCUUGAGACAAUUGCAAAGUGCAGUUGAAACUAAACACAGGUAUGCUACAGUUUGUUAACACCAUCUUCUCUUAAAUUCACUCAAAAUUCAAAACUAAAGGCUAGUACAAAACAACACUGUAUAACUCAAGAAGAUCUAAAUGCAUAUCCCAAUGAAACUGAUUGAGAUCAAAUGGUUGGCAUGCAGAUGCUGCAUGGACGUUUUCUGCAUUCACGAUUGACAGUGAGAAAUGUGAAGGGAGGGUGCCAACAAACAUUUGUGCAUAAAGUUGAGGUAAAGAUACACAUGAACAGAAUGUGAUUCAGAUCUUCAGCUCUGGGGACAAGGGAUCCGGGGGGGAGGGGCGGUUGCCUACGGAUUCGCAGCCUCUGCCUUUUUUAAAAAUUAUCUUUGUAUUUAUCCUUUAUUUGACCAGGGAUGUCACGUUGAGAGACCAAGGCCCAUGAUUACCAAGUGUCUCAGAGUAGUAGGAGUACUGAUCUAGGAUCAUUUUAGUCUUUUAGAUUAUAAUAAAUGGAUCCUAGAUCAGGAUAAUAAACCUGAUCUUAGAUCAGCACUCCGACUCUGAGACACUUGGGCCCAGGUCAUCUCAUUGGCUGUCCUCUGUGUCCUCCUAACAGGGUUUCCUGCAGGACCUGUUCCUCCAGCACAAGAAGACCAUCUCCCCCAACAAACUGGAGGAGUACACCGACACCAUGGUAAUAACAAGCCUCAGUUCCUUUACUCUGUGUCUCCAUCUGAGGACUCUUGAACGGCUGUCAAUCACCAUUGGUCAAGUGUCAACAAGUGUUAAAAGUAAUCAACCUUACAGCCAAUCGUCGUCCUCUUCUGGGUCUGAUGUGUUGUGUGUGUGACCCAAACGCAAUUGUCUCAUCACAGAUUGCCUUUGAAGAGGUUGAAAAUGAUCAAAAGUAUGUAGGAGAAGGUGAUCUGUUGUCUCUCAAAUUAGUAUAUGAUACCCUGUUCAAUGGGCAAUUCAAUUUGGAUGUAAAACAGAUUGUAAUUGAAGUUUAUCUAAAAGGAUGAUUGGUGGAGAGCUAUACAUAGUAAUGCUACUAUGCCAUUCAAUGUAAAUACAGAGUGCACUAAAGGAGUUAUUUCUCAUUGAAGUAUGUAAUUGGCGGUAAUACCCUUGUAUUCACUCCCGUCAAUAGUAUUAGUAAUUGGAUGGUAAUGUACUGUGAUGGAGGGUGAUCAGCUCUUUAAAGAUAUUCAGAAGUGAUGUGAUUUUCACUGUUUAGCCAUUGUCAUUAAUUGUGGAUCAUUAAUGAAUUACUCGAGAGUGAGAGGUGUGUGUGUGUGUGUGUGUGUGUGUGUGUGUGUGUGUGUGUGUGUGUGUGUGUGUACUUUCUAUAUAAAUGUCCUGUUGAGUUUAGUAAAAUAUGGUGUGCACAACAUACAUUGGUAUCCUUUGAUUUACAUUAUCUUUGGUAAUGUUGUACAGUGUUACACAUGACAUGUCACCAAGUAAAAUUAUCACCAAGUAAAAUCCUGAGUAUGUGUAAAUGUUCUUGGCGAAUAAAGGUGAUUCUAAUGGGUAUGUACUUUGAAAAAUUGUCUAAUGAUUCUGAUGCUUUAUUCUGUUUAUUUUCCCAACAGAUGAAGGUGUUUGACAAAAACAACGAUGGUAGGCUGGAUAUGAAUGACCUAGCCAGGUACUAAUUAUCUAGUAAUUGUUCUCCUACAUUGCUAGGUGUCUCUUAUUGUGUCUCUAAUUGUUUGUGAGUCACAGUGCCUAACUUUCUCCCUUCUCCCAGAAUCCUUGCUCUAAAAGAGAACUUCUUGCUGAAGUUUGACAUGAAUGUAAGUAUAACAUUUGUUGAUGAAUUUUGCUGAUAACCUGCAGUCAGAUAAGACUUAAGACAUUGUCAAUACACGCUCCAUCUUCAAUUACUUAUUGUAGUCCUCAUUGGCUUGAAUUAGAGGAACUAAAUUGAGGGUGUUGUGGUUCCACUCAGGCUUGCAGUCAAGAAGACCGGAAGAGGGACUUUGAGAAGAUAUUUGCUCACUAUGAUGUAGUAAGUCAUUAUUCGUUUAGCCACAACAUAAUUGUCUUCAACUUCAAUUGGGAUUGUAAGGUUUAUGGUGAUAAGCAUAGUAAAUGAAAUUACAGUGUUGCUUAUAAUGACUUGUUGUGAUUUUACUGAUGCUUCAUUGGCCUUAAAUAUAAAAAAUAUAAUAUCAGUAUAAAUGGGCUAGAACACACAGCUGUAUUGGAAGUGGAUCAGUACAGGGGCGUAGGCACGGGUGGGCCUGGGUGAACCAGGCCCUGGGUGAACCAGGCCCACCCAUUGGUAAGCCAAGCCCACCUACUCAGAUUGAGCAAAAAAAACUAUAUAAAAUGUUUUUUGUUUUUUUUUCAAUAUUUGUUUAUGCUCUUUACUUGUCGGUGUUCCAAACUGGACAUUAUUUGUAUUUUACCUAAACAUGCAAACACCAUCAGAUAUCAUUCCUAGCAAGCAGUGCACUGGAUUAGUCAGAUUUGAGUAAAUAUAACAUACUAAAUGACCUGGAAUGACAUUCACUCUCACGGGAUGGGUUGCCAAAUAUAACUAAUUGAAAGCCACACCCCCAAUAUGACUGCAUUGAGACAUAUGUCACUGUGCUUCUAUGGCUAUAUGCACCAUGUCACUGCCUAUUUCAUUUGUUCAUUUAGCAAACAAGACAGCUCAUAAUAAGUAUAUAGGUUGUAUGUUGGGAGCUUUUGGGAAAGAGUACAGUUAGAAAGAUAUGGCAUUUAGAAGCAAACCGGAUGGACAUCAUGAAAAUGAUCGGAGAGGUUGAGAGUAGAAGUUCAGGAGCAAAAAAAAUAUAUAUAUAUAUAUAUAUAUAUAUAUAGAAUUAUUGUAAAAUUAACUCUGUCCAUAAGGUGUAGAUAGUAAGUAUAGACCGGAAGUAGAGGCCUGGGCGUUGUUGUUCACUAAUUUACUCCAAGUAGGGAAAGGAUGGUGGGGUUGAAAAGUAAUAAAGGGGAAUAUAUAUAUACAAAAUAAAAAAUAAACAUGGGGGAUUGGAAGUGAUGCAGACAAUUACAUUGAUAGAAGAUACAAUCUAUCUGCAAUAUUAAGCUGAUCCAUUCCCCCCGAAAAAAAAGAAAAAAAAGAAAAAGAAAAAAAAAGACAGCUCAUAAUCCAGCCCUCUGGCAAAAUGUGUAGAAUAGCAUGAGAUGAGCUUUAAAACAGCAACAUUUUCUCUCAGCCUCAUGGCAAAAUGUGUAGAAUAGCAUGAGAUUAGCUGUAAAACAGUAAUUUAUUAUCUUUGCCCCAUGGCAAAAUGUGAAAAAUUGCAGGAAGUUAGCUGCUUUUUUGGGGUGGGGGCAUCCACAUUUCUGCAGGCCCACCCACCAAACAAAUAUCUGGCUACACCACUGGAUCAGUGCAAAGAUGUAUUCACAGGACUUAAUGCAUAUUAAAGAUACAGUGCUAGGAAUUAAUUAAUUAAAUUGAGCCUCUAAUUCCAUUAUUAACUGAAGUUGUGGUCAUGUUGCAGUGCCAUGCUCCUCUGUGCUGCAUGAUUGUGGAUGUGUGAUGUAGUUAUACAUUAUCCCAUUAUUGAUCUGAAUUCUAAGCAGAAUUUAGAUGCUGUCCUCUUUAUAAUCUCUCAAGGCACAUCAGGUGGUAGUCUUCAUCGCUUUUUCUGAAGUCAGCCAUUUUGUUGUUGUUUACAGAGUAAGACGGGUGCUUUGGAGGGUCCGGAGGUGGACGGCUUUGUCAAAGACAUGAUGGAACUGGUCACGGUAAAAAACAAAAACGUUCUGCUAUACCCUAAUCUACAAAUGUAGUUAUGUUAUAUCAACGUAUUAUGUAUUAAUUUAGAUAUUGAUGCUCCUAUAUUGAUUCAGAAUUAUUGUAAGUUAUGGUCUCCGAGUGGAGGCGUGGGUUCGGAUCCCACUUCUGACACCAUGUUACUUUAUAUUUAAAUGGAUGAAGCAAAGAUAAUUGAGUCAAGUUAACAGAAUGUCCAACUGUAUUAGACUGUGAUUGGUCUUGAGCUAAUGGUUUGAAUAUGCUUCCUUUAUACCCAACAUAGCCUACCAUUACUGGAACGGACCUGGACAAGUUCCGCAAGGUCCUGCUGGGCCACUGUGACAUGAACGGUGAUGGAAAGAUCCAGAAGAAUGAACUGGCCCUGUGCCUCGGCCUGAAAUACUCCACUUAAUACUCCUGGAGUUAAUACUCCACAGGAAGAAUGACAGACAUUUUAAUUACUCUAGUUAGCACCACAGGCUAACCGCUAACUCAUUGAUAGCAUGCUGCAAUGCCAUAGCUCAUAGUUUUUAGACAACCAAAGAGCAUUGCAUGAUGGUUGGUUGAAAGGAAGUUGUUGCAUAGAGUAGACCCAUUGGGGCUUUUUGGGAAUUAGUUUUGUGAUCCUUCAUUUUGUUUGACUGUAUCUGUUGAUGACAAUUAUUACUUUGAGAAUGUUGUGUGUGUGAACCAUUUAGUAUGCACGUUUCAUACGCCUGCCUAUAACUUGCAAAAAUGUAGUGGUGAUGUAAGUAUUUUGGGAUUUAAUUUAUUGUGGGAUAUUUGUGGGUUGUAUUGACUUCAUUUCCAUGAUGGCUGCAUUUACUAUCAGAACUGUUGUUUUUGAUGUGCAAAAAAUAUGAUAAAAAUAAGUGCCAUUAAUGGUUUGACAUUUCACCUCCUACUUUAAAUGGUAUUGGUAGAGAAUGUACUAUCAAAGUAAACAUGCAAUACAAUGUAACAUGUAAUGCAAUACAGUAU